GAAGGGGCCAGCUGUGAACUCUGAUUUCGUACUUGAUAUUUUUCUCUAUUGCAGAAUCUCAUUCUGCAGCCAAACUGUAUAGAAAGAGAAAAACACAAUGCGCGUGUUGCAACCCAACUUUCAGGUGUUGAUAUCUGCUUUGAAAGCGGUGCCCUUUUCUUUUUCUUUUUCUUUUUUUUUUCUAGUCAAGAAGAAAUGAGUGCCGUUUUUCAGUAAGGUUGGAUUAGAUACUGUUUUUUUCGGUUUGGAAUAUGAAAUCGAAAUUAAAAAAUGGGUGGAGAUCAAUUAUGCCUCUUCAUACGCAAGGCGAAUUAGCAGCUCGUUUUUGCGUGUUUCCUAAAAUAAAUAAAUCGGCAAGCUGUAGUAGCCCUGGCAAAACUCCUGUUUAUCUGAACGUGUACGAUUUAACUACAGUCAAUGGCUACUUCUAUUGGGCUGGUGUUGGUGUUUUUCACUCCGGAAUCGAAGUUCAUGGUAGUGAAUAUGCGUUUGGAGCGCACGAUUAUCCAACUAGCGGAGUAUUUGAAGUUGAACCAAGGCAAUGCCCCGGUUUUAAUUUCCGGAAGUCGAUUUUUAUAGGCACGACAAAUUUGGACCAAAAUCAAAUAAGAGAAUUCAUGGAGGACCAAUCCGCAAAUUACCACGGCGAUACCUAUCACUUGGUUGUUAAGAACUGCAAUCAUUUCUGCGAGGACAUGUGCUACAAACUAACGGGAAAACGAAUACCAAAGUGGGUGAAUAGGCUAGCAAGAAUCGGAUCAUUCUGCAAUUGUAUACUUCCCGAGGCCCUUAAAACAAAUACGUCGAAUUAUCGAGAAUCGGACUGUGAGAAGAAGAGUUUGAGAGGCUCUUCUCUUCGGUGCUUCUCUUCGAUUUCUAUGCACCAGAAAGAGAGAGAAAACGAAGACGAAGAAGAAGUGUCGAUAUCAUCAUUGUUUCUACAUUCUCACUAUAAAGGCUGUUUGCCUAAUUGGGAUUUGAAAAAAUUCAGAAGUAAAUCUGUGAAAGAAGGGUAGACAAUAAUACCCUUUUUAUGGUUUCUUAUAAGGGGAUUAAAAAAAAAUGUUAAUUUAUUUUUUUGUGUGAAGUGAUGGGUAUUCUUGUCUUUUAUGUAGCUUGUUUUCUGUGUGUGUGUGUGUGUGAUGAAUGAUGGUUUUCUUAGUAAAUUAUUUUGGUGGUGAUUUUCCAUGUUAUA